GUUUGCAGUGAUUCGUACAUGACUGUAUACUUGGAUUCUUCAAUUAAUAACGUCGAUACAGUGCGUUUUCUGGACUCAACAUGCACCACUGCCGGAUAUGUUUAUCGUAAUGGUAGUCGAUGGGUUUACAUGUACACUCGUUACGACCAAUGUCAAACAUCAAUGACGUCGACACCGACUUCUACAACGUACCACAACCAAAUCAUCGUAUCUGCACACAGGAACUCAUUGAUUCACCGAAAAGACGACAUUCGCAUUUCAGUUGAGUGCGAACUUGCAAAUAAAGGGCGCUCUUCUGUUAGUUUCGAUCCAAUGGGCACUAGUGAAGAUUUUACCAAGCGAGAACAUGGUAAUUUCACGUUUACGAUGGCGCUCUAUACCGACGCCAACUACUCUACCACUUACCCUGAUUGGCAGUAUCCUGUAGAAAUGAACCUCGGUAGUAAUGUUUUCGUUGGUGUAAGUGUUAAAACUUUCACGAAUGACAUGGCUCUUUAUGUUGAUUCAUGCAAAGCGACAUCUAACCCUGACCCGGAUGUACAUCCACAAUACAAAUUAAUAGAAAACAGUUGUGGAGUGGACUCGACCAUUCAAUUUGAUGGACAAUCAACAUCAAAUGAGACAUCAUAUGUUUUUUUUUCAUUUGAAACCUUUGGCUUUGAUGACUUCUCUACGGUUUUUAUUCACUGCCAACUAUCUAUAUGUAAUGAAAGCGACUGGCGAUGCCAUCGAGACUGCUACCAACGUCGGCGUCGAGAUAUCGCUGAUCCUGAUAAAUUGUCGGAUACCAUUCCGAUUGUUCUUGGGCCUGUAAUACUGAAGCGAUCAGAAAAAGACUCAAACGUCAUUCUUGACACCCAAGAUUCGCAUGCAAAGGACACAUCACUAACAAUUUCUUCGACACCGCUAUUUGUUGUAAGUCUGGUGGUCCUGGUGGUAGGAUGUGCCUUUUGGAUCAAGAGCCGAGCAACUAACAGGAAAAGGUUAAUGUAUCAACAAUUGGAAACGAACAUAGAUGAGAUGUGAACUAUAACUGCAAACAAUAUGGACGACAUGAAGAACAGGAAAAAAACUUGGAAGAUAUAGUAAUGACAUCAUUAAAAUGUGUCUUUAAAUAAAACAUGAAACUUUAAAUUUUGCCUAAAUAUUUAUUUGCUUUUAAUGGCAUCUAAUAUUUUGUGCUUGCUCUGUUAUGCUGGACAAUUAUUUUAGGUGGUGGGUGCCUUGGACAUUUUAUGAGUUCGCAACAAUCAUUUUUUUUUUGCUGUCUAGUCUAAUGAAAAGUAAUAAUAUUUUAUUAGCUGUGUCAUUUGAUUAUGAAGACGAUUUAGCUGUACUUAAAUGUUUAGUUAUUUAGAUUUAGUGGCCUCUUAUAUUGAGUGCUUGCUCUGUUAAAUUAUCUAUAUACUGGACAAUAUUGGUAAUGGGAGCCUUUUCAAUUUCAUGAAUUGGCAAUAAUUGUAAUUUAUGCUGCCUAAUCUAAUGAAAAGUUGAUUAGCUUUGUCAUUUGAUUAUGAAGAUGAUUUAACUGUAUUUAAUUAAUAAUUUAUGUUUAUAAUUAUUAACGAUUUGAUUAGUUAAAAUUGUAGUUUUAAUGGUUAUGGGGCGUAAAGGAAAGAGAAUUCAAAUCAGAGAUAUGUGUUAUUAAUUGCUUCUUUACUUAAAAUAAAACCUGCAUGAAUAUUAAAAGUUGAAGAGUAAUGA